CUAUCAAUCCUUUUCAUAGUCCUAAUUUUGAUUGUAAUGUUUUUCCCAGCAAAGGAAAAUAUCUUCGUUUAUAAAAGGGCAACGGUUCUAGGUACCAUAGCAACUCAGACAAACAGGUUACUCAGUAACUCUGUCUCUGCCUCUCUGUCAAUACUCACAUAAAUGGCCUCAGCUUCUUCUUCUCCAAAGUUUACAGUGCGAAGGUGCCAACCCCAGUUGGUAGUUCCUGCUGUCCCCACUCCUCACGAAGUUAAGCCACUUUCCGACAUUGAUGAUCAAGAAGCCCUGCGUUUCCACGUUCCCUUCAUACAAAUUUAUCCAAAGCAAGCAUCAAUGGCAGAGAAAGACCCAGUUCAAGUCAUUCGCCAAGCACUCUCGCAAACACUUGUCUUCUAUUACCCAUUUGCGGGUAGGCUUAGGGAGGGGCCUCACCGCAAAUUGAUGGUGGAUUGCACCGGAGAAGGUGCCAUGUUCGUUGAGGCCGAUGCUGACGUCACACUCGAGCAGUUCGGGGAUUCUCUCCAGCCUCCAUUCCCAUGCUUCCAUGAUCUGCUAUACCAUGUUCCUGCCUCACAGCAAAUUACCAACACUCCCCUUCUACUCGUACAGGUGACACGCCUUAGAUGCGGUGGUUUCAUCUUGGCCUUCUGCUUCAACCACAUCAUGUGUGACGGAGCUGGUCUUUCACAAUUCAUGAGCACGUGGGUUGAAAUGGCUCGUGGUGCGACAAAACCUUCCAUUCCACCAGUUUGGCGAAGGGAGCUUCUAAUGGCAAGACAUCCACCUCGCAUCACAUGCAACCAUCGCGAGUACGAACAUGUCCCAGACACAGUCAAAGGAACCCACGCAUCAAACGAUCAUGACAUGGUUCUUCGGUCGUUCUUCUUUGGACCUUCCCAAAUUGCUGCUAUUCGUGGCUUGGUUCCGCCCCACCUUCAGCACUGCACAACGUUUGAUCUCAUCACAGCAUGUAUCUGGCGCUGUCGUACAAAAGCAUUGCAGAUAAAGGCAGACGAGGAUGUUCGCAUGAUGGUGAUAGUGAAUGGACGCGGAAGAUUGAAUCCUCCUUUACCAGUUGGCUACUACGGCAAUGCUAUUGCAUACCCUGCAGCAGUUACGACUGCAGGGAAGCUUUGUGAAAAUCCGGUAGGGUACGCAGUGGAGUUAAUAAAGAAAUUGAAAGGUGAGGUGACAGAAGAGUACAUGCAUUCGGUGGCAGAUUUGAUGGUGAUUAAAGAUCGGUGCAUGAUUACAACUGUAAGGUCUUGUAUCAUUUCAGAUUUGACACGUUUGAAGCUUAGAGAAGCGGAUUUUGGGUGGGGUGAGGCUGUGUACGGUGGAGUGGCUGAAGGUGGAGCUGGGAGCUUUGUUGAAGCAACGUAUCAGGUUUUGCAUAGGAAUGCAAAAGGAGAAGAAGGCAUCGUCUUACCAAUUUGGUUGCCUGCUAAAGCUAUGGAUAGGUUUGCGAAAGAGUUGGAUGCCAUGUUUGGCAACCAAAACCAAUCUAAUACCGGUAGUCCUAGUUUAAGAAUGUCUACCUUAUAGUUCAUGUCGGAAGUCUCAAAUAUUCCAAACACUUUUAAAAAUAAAGACCGAAUUGAUAUUAUCCAACG